AUGACGUCGUUGGUCGACGAGACCGAGGUGCCGAGCUACAACACAAGACUGAUCUUCUACCCACUCCUGCUCCUCGCAUCCAGCAUCUGGAUUCUAUACAGAUGGCAGCAGAAGUCGCGCAUGUACAGAUUCGCUGAGAAGAUCCCUGGACCUGCAAGUAUACCUUUCGUUGGAAAUGCACUUAUCGUGCUCAGGAAGAAACCCAGUGAUCUGGUAAAGCUCGCCCUUGAGUAUGGAGAAAAGUUCGGCAACGUUGUCAGAGUGUGGAUGGGAUCAAACCUUAUCGUCUUCCUUACCGACCCGAAUGACGUUGAGAUCAUCCUCAACAGUCAGGUCCACAUCGACAAGGCCACUGAAUAUAAAUUCUUUAAACCCUGGCUUGGAGAGGGUCUUCUCAUUAGCACAGGUGAAAAAUGGCGUUCCCAUAGGAAAAUGAUCGCUCCUACAUUCCACAUCAACAUCUUGAAAUCUUUCGUUGGCAUCUUCAACCAGAACGGCAAAAAUGUCGUCGAGAAAAUGCGUCCAGAAAUGGGCAAAGAGUUCGAUGUCCAUGACUACAUGAGCGGUGUCACUGUCGACAUUUUGCUGGAAACUGCUAUGGGAAUCACCAGGAAGACCCAAGAUGAAUCUGGAUUUGACUACGCUAUGGCUGUAAUGAAGAUGUGCGAUAUCAUCCACCAGAGGCACUACAAACUGUGGCUUCGUUUCGACGCCAUCUUCAACAAUUCACCUUUCUUUAAGCAACAGAAACAUCUCUUGAACAUCAUCCAUGGUCUUACCAACAAGGUUAUCAAGAGCAAGAAGGAAACUUACCUAGAAAACAAAGCCAAGGGUGUCGUCCCACCAACUCUGGAGGAACUCACCAGGACUCCUGAUGAGAGCGUCCUUGCCAACAACGACAAGACUCUUUCCGAAGACGUGUUCAAGGGAUACCGUGAUGACUUGGACUUUAACGACGAAAAUGACAUUGGUGAGAAGAAACGUCUUGCUUUCUUGGACCUGAUGAUCGAAUCAUCCCAGAAUGGAACCAACAACAUCAGUGACCACGAAAUCAAGGAGGAAGUCGACACUAUCAUGUUUGAGGGACACGACACCACCGCCGCUGGCUCCAGUUUCGUACUGUGCCUCUUGGGUGUCCACAAGCAUAUCCAAGACAAAGUUUACAAUGAGCUGUAUGAGAUCUUUGGAGACUCCGACAGGCCCUCUACCUUCGCCGACACCCUGCAGAUGAAGUACUUGGAAAGAGUCAUCCUUGAAUCCCUCAGAAUGUACCCACCAGUGCCCAUCAUCGCCAGGAAACUGAACCGUGAUGUGAAAAUCGCCACCAACAACUACGUGCUACCUGCUGGUACCACUGUCGUGGUUGGUACCCUGAAGAUCCACCGCAACCCUCAGUACUACAAGGACCCCAACACCUUCAACCCUGACAACUUCUUGCCUGAGAACACCUCCAACAGGCACUACUACAGCUACAUUCCAUUCAGUGCUGGACCCAGGAGUUGCGUUGGUCGCAAGUACGCUCUUCUGAAGCUGAAGAUCCUCCUGUCGACCAUCCUCCGUAACUACAAGGUGACGUCUGAUGUGACCGAAGACCAGUUCGCCCUACAGGCUGACAUCAUCCUCAAGAGGACUGACGGCUUCAGGCUGAAGAUCCAGCCCAGACAGAGGGUCCCAAUCCCAGUCGCUUAG